AGUAAGCAGAGACAAUGGCAAGAACUAAGCAGACUGCCCGUAAGUCCACCGGAGGCAAAGCCCCCAGGAAGCAGCUGGCCACCAAGGCAGCACGUAAGAGCGCACCGGCUACCGGAGGCGUGAAGAAGCCUCAUCGUUACAGGCCCGGUACCGUGGCCCUGAGAGAGAUCCGUCGUUACCAGAAGUCCACCGAGCUGCUGAUCCGCAAGCUGCCCUUCCAGCGCCUGGUCCGUGAGAUCGCUCAGGACUUCAAGACCGACCUGCGCUUCCAGAGCUCCGCCGUCAUGGCUCUGCAGGAGGCCAGCGAGGCUUACCUCGUGGGACUGUUCGAGGACACCAACCUGUGCGCCAUCCAUGCCAAGAGGGUCACCAUCAUGCCCAAAGACAUCCAGCUGGCCAGACGCAUCCGUGGCGAGAGAGCAUAAACUGUCUUCUGCUGCUGCUCCAACCAACACAACAACGGCUCUUUUAAGAGCCACCUCACUACACAUACAGAGAUCAUUUCCACAUAAUGUUACAUCACCUUUACAGUCAACGAUUCAGCACACAUUUGGAAAAGUUUCACACAAAUCAAUCAAACCGUAAUCACCGAGCUUCAUCACUGGCCACUCUCUUAGAUAAAUUAUUAGAGCUGUGUGUCUAUAAAAGAAUCACAUCACGAGCAGCAUAUAUCAGACUUCUCUUCACUCAGAUGAUAACAUGACAGAGCUGGAGCAGUGCUGCCUGCAUAUGCUCAAACGCAA